AUGCUCUCGACGCUCCGACACGCUGGCGGCAAGAGGAAGGUGGGCGAAAGCGGAGCCGCUGCUGAUGAGGGCUCCGACGAUGGCGACGGCUACGCCGUCAAGAUGCUGCAGCGUCUCCUCGAUGUCGCACGGCCCAAACAAGCAACUUCUCGAUCGCUGGCCGACACACUCGAGCUCGUGGUGGAAGAAUGGAGUGUUCACGCAGCGGAGAUGCAAGGGACCACGUAUGAGAUCGUCGGCGGCGAAGAGCGUGCCAAUGCCAAGAAGAACCUGCGUCGAGGGUCGGAGACAAAAAGCGUUAUGAGCAUGGUGCUCGAGCUCGUCUCGAAGCUCCAAACCAGCGCUGGCCGCGCUGCGCUAGUCGAUAUGUACGGAGCAAAGCACGAAUGCGCCGACGAUGCCGAGAUGGCAAAUGACGAUGAUGACGUCGAUGCGAGCCGCUGCGUCCCGCCUGCAGGAACCAAGGUAGCGCUGUGCAAGCUUGCUGCCCAUACUGUCAUGAAUGAGCAGUGUGGCACAAUCGCCGGCUACUCAGCUGAAGCUGAUCGGUACGUGGUGCAGCUCGAGGAUGGAACGCGCGUGCGAGUGUGUCGUGGCAACCUACGCCUCGAGGCGCUGACCACUCAUGAUUUCGCUCAUGCCAUCGGCGAGACCUGCACUGUGUUCUCGCGUCUCGCUGCUCGCCACGGGGCAUCCAUGACCAGCGAGCUCGUCGGCGCGCUGCUGCAGCUGCCAAGCCGCGAGUGGACAGUCAUGAAAGACCUGGUCGCGGUGGACUACGCGUGGGAAGCGCGCACGCAAGAGGGUGUCUCCCUACACUCGCUCGGUGCGCCUCCCUCACACAAGGCGCAGAAGACGAACUCCGGCUCGUACGACCGGCUGAGUAAGUGCUCCAAGAAAGAGCCGGGUUGCGCCGUGACCCGUGAGGCCGAGGGGCGGCGUGGCUCCGCGCUAAGCGCAAGAAAGCUGAUGGCAGCAGAAGAGGCCGCGAACGCUGAGCCCGUCCCAACGGAUGCCGGGCCCGUCGAGGAGAAGCCCAAGGACGAGAAGCCAAAGGAGAUCAAGAAGGUCAGCAAGCCAGACGACGCUCUGCUGAAGCAGCGUCUGCAGGAGCAGGACGACAAGCUCGUGGACAAGCAGGCGCGGCUGGAGCAGAUCAAGGCGACGGUGGACACGCGCAACCAGCCGACCGAGAACGCCGAGUUCACGGCCGCUCGCAGCAAGUUCAACGUGGUCCGCGCCGAAUCGCGCCGGCUGCUGCAAGAGAAGCGGUCCAUCUAUGACCAGAUCUCCUCGGCGGACGAGCUCAAGAAGCAGCAGCAGGACCUGACCCAGCGGCUAAAGGCGGAGCUGCAGUUCUUCUCCGUCGAGGACAUCGAGCGGAAGAUCAAGGCGCUGGAGAUGCAGCAGCAGACCACCUCCACCUCGGUCAAGGAGGACAAGAAGAUCAUCGAGGACAUCAAGCGGCUCGCCGCAAACAAGCCAAUGAUCAAGCAGUUCGACGAGGCGCAGGAGUCGCUGCGCGGGGUCAAGGAGCACCACAACGAGCUGUACACCCAGCUCAAGGCCAAGAACGCCGAGCUCAACUCCUCCAAGGAGGAGGAGGAGAAGUGGCGCGCCGAGAUGGACGCGGCCAAGGCGAAGGAGGACGCAAAGCGCUCCGACCUGCCCGCCCUCUACAAGGAGCGCGACCAGCUGCGCAAGGAGAUCG